AACAAUUGGUAUUAGAGCUAAGGCUCCAAUUUGAAGAUUUAACCACCUAGGAGUUUAUCAGGGAUGGCUCAAUUUCAAGCUACUACACCACCUGAAGGGGUUUCUACUACCAAGCCUCCUUUCUAUGGUGGUUCUAACUAUAAUUAUUGGAAAAAUGGGAUGAAGGUCUUCAUGUUUGCUAAUGAACCUAAGGCAUGGCUUGUGACUAUGAAUGGUCCAUAUAUGCCAAUGAAAGUUGUUGGAGAAAUUGAAGUGCCAAAGGAAGAAAUUGAAUGGAAUGAUGAAAACUUGGACAGGACUAAGAUCAACAACAAAGCAAGCAAUAUGCUUCAAUCUGUUGUCAAUCCAACGAAAUUUAAAAGAACAUUUGGGUGUGAUACAACUAAGGAGAUUGGGACAUGUUGGAUACAACACAUGAAGGGACAAAUCAAAUUUAAUAAUAUAGUCACGAAUCUCAAAGCUCUUGGAAAGGUAUAUCCUACUAAAGAAUCGGUGAGGAAGAUCUUUAAAAGCUUGCCUAAGAGUUGCGAAGCUAAGAAGAUAGCAAUUGAAGAGGCCAAAAAUAUUAACACUCUCAAGCUUGAUGAGCUUAUUGGAUCUUUGAUGACAUAUGAGAUUGAUACUCAAAAUGAUGUUGAAGUUGAGGUGGUUGAGAAAAAGAAGAAUGCUGCAUUCAAAGUUAACAAACAAAAAGAAGAAAAUGAAGAUGAUGCUAGUGAUGGUGAAGAUGAUGCUAGUGAUGGUGAAGACAUCACCACCUUGGUGUUGGUGAAGACAUCACCACCUUGGUGUUGGUGAAGACAUCGCCACCUCGGUGUUGGUGAUGUUGCUCGACUUUGCCAAAAAGAGCUGGGUGGUGAAGAUGUAAAAGUGAACAUGAUUCCCAAAACAUUACCUUUUGAUGCUAACCUAGAGCUUGAAAUCCCAUGAGAGAUUAACCAAAGAUGCUAUUUUAGUCUCCAUUAGCAACCUACAGCCAUAUUCAAUGCAAAGGUGGCUACACAAGCUACGUUGUAUUGGGAACUGCUGAAAAGGUUACCUUCUACUUGGAGAAUCCUCAAAAAAUCCUACACAGACCU